AUGAAACGACUGACAACAUUUCGAAGUCAAUUUGAUUUUCAAUCGAUACGAUGGAAAGAUAUGAUUCGAUGGUUUCCUGGUCAUAUGCAUAAAGGUAUGAAAGAUCUUGAAGAAUCAUUAUUACGUAUUGAUGGUAUCGUUGAACUACAUGAUGCACGUAUUCCACAUUCUGGUCGUAAUCCUGAAUUAUAUAAACGAUUAGUUGGUGGUCAUAAACCACAUGUACUUAUACUUAAUAAAUCUGAUUUAGCUGAUCCAAAUUAUUUAAAUAAAUCCAUUGAAUAUAUUCAAAUUGAACAACCAAAUACACAAGUUAUACAUACAAAUUUAAUGUCAAUUGAAUUAAAAGAAUUAACAAAUAUAUUUGGUCGUCUUCUUCAACAAAUAGUUGAAUCACCACGUUAUACAAGAAGUUCAACAUUGGAAUAUAAUAUUGUUGUUUGUGGAAUACCAAAUGUCGGCAAAUCAACAUUUAUUAAUAAACUUCGUAAUUUAUUUGUAAAUAAACGAAGUUGUGAACAAGUUGGUGCAAAUCCUGGUGUAACACGAACAAUGAGUGAAAAAGUUAAAAUAUCAAAUCGACCUAAAGUAUUUGUACGUGAUACACCUGGUAUACUUGAACCACGUUUAAAAUCAGCUAAUGAAAGUUUUCGUUUACUUUUAACAAAUUCUAUACCAAUACAACAACGUGAAUUAUCAGAUAUAAUUGCUGAUUAUUGUUUAUUUUUAUUAAAUAAAUAUGAUAAACAACGUUUAUAUAUGAAAUAUUGUGAACUUGAUAGACCAACUGAUGAUAUAUUAACUGUUUUAACUGCAAUAGCAAAAUUAAAACAUUGUACACAAGUAUAUGGAAAUAAACGUGGAUAUGAUUUAACAGGUGCAGCUUUACAUUUUAUACAUGAAAUUAGUAAAGGUACAUUUGGACAAAUAACAUUUGAUCAAGAUAUUCUUGAUGAAAUGGAAAAAGAAAAAUCGAAUGAUACAAAUUUGUUUAGAACUAAUACUGGUCGAAUAAAAAAAUCAAUCUAA